AGCGACAUGUUCCACGAUCACGCGGCGAUGAAGGUUUCCACGGACGUCUCGUCUCCUCGCCUCGUCCUGCCGGCCGCUCAGGGCCGACCCUCUGUCGGCGGUCUCCUUCAGGCUCGAUUCACCUCGGGCCUCUCUCAGCUGUCAGACUCUCCCCGCCCUCUCCUUCCUCCAUCACGGCCGUCUCCAGCCAGCGUUGAAGCCCCCCGCUCUCUGCAGUGGGCGGGGCCUGGCCCGUCCCCCUUCACGCUGCCCUCCCGGACUCCGGAGCCUUCAUUUAGGACGGUUGGCGUUCGGCGGCUCGGCGGCCCCGUCCCCCUCAAAGAGUCGAUCACUCACGGGAAGGGAGGUUUACUCAUGGACACCGGGCUGUUCGCCGUGCGCUCCUUCCGGGUCGGGUGGGGUCCCGGCUGGACGCUCGCACACUGCGGCAGCCGGCUGAGCUCGCCAACGUCCAAGCAGUUCGAGCACCAAGAACUGACGGCAAAGACUGACUUCAGCUUCCUGCCGAAACCUGCCAGGAGCAAACCACUCACAGAAAGCCCCUACAAGGUAGUGGUGGAGCAGGUGGUGGGUCUGGAGCCUCCCAGAGGGAAAACCAUUGAAGAAGAGGAAGAUGAAGCGAGCCAGGCGGUGCUGCAGCGCCCCCUGGAGAUCUGCCUGAAGCACAGCAUCGUGGAGGUCCCCGACAGCUCCGCUUGCCCUGUGGUGCGACCACAGCCCGGCGUGGCGGCGCUGCACGAGUAUGCCGAGUGGAUCGCCGAGCUGAAAGACAGACGAGGCGACACUGAGCCGCUGCUGGGGUACUGGGCCGAGGUCUGGACUCUGUGUGCCGCGCUGUGGGGCCGGCUGGGCCCCUCGGAUCAGGAGGCCGAGGUGCUCAGCGAGUACGAGCAGCAGCUGGAGAGGAGGCGGAGCUUCUUGGCCUGGCUGUCCCGCGGUGCCUCCCACAGGGUGGAGGAGGAGGUGGCUUUGGCCGGGAAAGGUCACCAUGCCGACGCGGUUUUCAGCUACCUGACGGGAAACCGCAUCAGCGAGGCGUGCCGACUUGCCCAGAAGGAAGGAGACCACCGUCUGUCCCUGCUGCUGUCUCAGGCCGUGGGCUCGCAGUACUGCAGGGACCUUCUCGCCCUUCAGCUCGCCGAUUGGCACCGCAUGCAGACCGACUGCUACCUGCCCGAGGAGCGACUCCGCAUCUUCGCUCUGCUCGCCGGGAAACCGGUGUGGCAGUCCACCGACUCUUUGGUGAACGUGUGCGGCGAGCUGGACUGGAAGCGCUGCGUGGCCGUCCACCUCUGGUUCAUGCUGCCCCCGACUGCCUCUGUGGCCGACGCCCUCGCCAGAUACGAAGCCGCCUUUCAGGGCUUGUGUGAGGCGGGGAAGUACGCCUGUGCACCCCUGCCUCCAUACCUGGAGGCGGAGCAGCCAGAUCUGGAGGAGGCGUCCAAACGGCCGCUGUACGACCUCUGCUUCCACCUGCUCAAACUCUACAGUGACAGACACUACGGCCUGCAGCAGCUGCUGGAGCCUCUCGCCGUCACCUGGGAGCGCCUUGACUACCGCCUGAGCUGGCACCUGUGGGGCGUCCUGCAGGCGCUGCACUACACCCACCUGAGCGCCCCACGGCAGGGCCUCCUCCACGCCAGCUACGCCGCGCAGCUGGAGAGCGCCGGCCUGUGGCACAUGGCCGUCUUCAUCCUGCUGCACAUCCCCGAGCACGCUCAGAGGGAGCGAGCUGUGAGGGAAAUGCUGGCGCUGCACUGCCCCCUGCUGGAGACGGAGGACUCGGUCCGCAGGGAGCGCUUCCUGACCGAGCAGCUGCUGAUCCCGGAGCAGUGGAUCCACGAGGCCAAGGCCACCCGAGCCCACCGCGACGGCAACAGACACCAGCAGGCCCUGCACCUGUACCGAGCCCGAUACUGGAACCAGUGCCACCGCCUGCUGAUCCAGCACCUGGCCUCAGACUGCAUCAUCAACGAUAACCACGACUACCUCCUGGAGUUCCUGGAGGGUCUGGCGCUCCCCGAGCACUGCGCCACCAUCCAGGACUGGGACACAGCAGGGGGCGUUUACCUCGACUACAUCAGAGUCAUAAAGACUCUGCAGGACAUCCAGCAGAUGGAAAACGCCGGCUACGAGCUGGAGCGUCUCUACACCGAUGUGACGUCUCUCUGCAGCAGGAUCGAGCUCCUGCCCUGCCGCACCGCUAAAGACCGCCUCGCCCAAUCAGAAAUGGCGAAGCGCGUGGCGAACAUCCUGCGUGCGGUGCUGAGCCUGCAGCAGGGCGAUACGGCCGACUCCCUCAGCAUCCCGCUCGCCCAGCUGGCGCCGCACAUCAGCCGCCUGCCGAUGCCCGAGGACUACACGCUGGAGGAGCUGCGAGGCCUCACGCAGUCGUACCUGCGACAGCUCAUCGUCAGCCAAUGAGAGCGCAGAGCGGGACGAGAAGCUUCGGCUGCUCAAACGUCUUGAAACUGACCCCAUAAAAGAUGAGGCGAGCAGUGUGUGACCUUUAACCCCACGUCUGUCAGUCUUUUAGCUUGUGCUCAGAUUUAAAACCAAACAGGAAGUGACACGAGAUUUGCAGCGACAGCAGGGAAGCAAUCAGAGAAAAAAGGUUCAAAUACUUCCUGAGUGAUCAUCAGAAUUUAUUCUUCCUCACUUUAUUUUCAAUGAAAUAAAACGAGCUCAAACGUGAUGAAGGGCUGCUGCAGGUUUGACCCGCCCACCAAAGGCCGCUCCACCGCUGACGUUCCUCUGCAGGAGCCUCAGGCUGAGGCUGGAGAUGAUUUUUCCCAUCAAACACCUUCAGUUUAAUCGUUCGGGGUAUUUGUUCUUUUCCAUUCUUUCAUUAGCUUCUCCUGAAACAUCAGGAUCAUUUGAUCCGACUCAAACCUGCUGACUUAAAGCCAACGAAUAAAUAUUAAUAAACAGGAAACUGGGGGAAGAAACGGGACACGAGCAGUUCGGAGUAAACAAAGCUCAAUCUUUAACUUCCAGAAACAGCAGUCUUCUCCUCUUUGUGUUGGACUCGACUCGUUUGACCUCUGACCUUCAGAGAGCGGGUCGACGUGGUGUUUCCCCCUCGGUGGGUUUAGAAGCGGCCGUCUGUGUGUGAUCACAGAGCAGGCGGCGGUGGAUGUGUAAAAUGUUGACGCUCUAUUUUUGUAGGUGUGUUCCUGUGUGGAUGUAACUCAGAUCGUUAGUGUCGCAGCUUUAAAGUCAAGAGUUUCCUCCCAAAGCGAGCCGCCGGCCCGAGGUUUCGCUGUAAUUAUAUAAAUAUUGUAUAUUUUUGGAAAUCAAACGGGAACAUCAGGUCGUUUUUAUCCCUCGAUUAUUAUCAGAUCGGAUGCAAAGUCUUUGGAAGUGAAACUCUGCUUACUCAUUUAUUUUUCUGUUGUAGAUGAACGCCAACGAUGUUUUUGGGUUUUUGUUUUUCAAAGUGAAAUCGGUUGGACUGUUUGAAACUGUCGUUCACUCAGCGAUGCUGCAGUGUGUGUGUGUGUGUCUGCUUGUUUUCCUCAUGUUUGAUAUUUUUAAUAAAGUCAAGUAGAAAUAAA